UUUAACUUCAAUGGACAUCUUUUAAGACGCGUGUAAUGCCAAUUUGGCGACGGGGCUAAAUGAAAACUGCGAACUGAUUAAUAUCGAGGUGAAAACCUUUGAGUGAAGGUCUCAGGUAACCAGUGCUGUUUUUGCCUGAUCGUCUGCGUGUGUAGCGUCCAGGUCUGCUGCUUGUUUGUAUCGUCUGCCGACCAAAUGGACGGGCGAAGCCAGACGACAAUUCUCACAUCCUUUUCCAUUGACAAUAUCCUUGAUCGCAGGGAGAAGGAAAAUGAACAAAUUUCGAAAGAGUCAAAUGUGACUGAUAUUCAUGGACUCGAUUUGCGAGUGGGCGCUGCGCUGUCGGGAUGUGAGGGACGGCUGUCGUCGCCAGAUAGGGGUAGGGAGGAGGGCGACUUCUCCGACGGCGAUUCCAGUGUCCUGACUGACCCAUCAAGCCCAGCAACAUACUGUGACAGCAACAAGGACCUUGACUUGUCCGUGGUCAGCGACUCAGACGGCGAUAACGACGACGAUGACAUGGCAGUCGACGGGAACGUUGACAACUCCUUAACAGAUAAAGGACUGGGUGACGGAAAGGAAAAGUCAGAUCAUAAUAAGCCGCGAAAGAAAAGAUCCCGGGCCUCGUUUUCACAUGGACAAGUUUACGAACUCGAAAGACGAUUCCGUCAUCAGAGAUAUUUGUCCGGCCCGGAAAGAGCUGAUCUUGCGCAGGCACUAAAACUGACUGAGACUCAAGUGAAAAUCUGGUUCCAAAACAGAAGAUACAAAACAAAGAGGAGACAACUUCAACAGGAGCAAGCAUUUGCUGCCAAUGCUAAAAAGGCAGCAGUGACUCUAUUAGUUAAGGAUGGGAAACGGUUAUAUAACCCGGAAGACUUUGUGAGACCAAUUCUGUAUCCUUCCAUACCGAUUCCAGGUUUGAACUGUUACUACUGCAUUCACUGACAUCUUACGUAAAUGUUAGACUUCCAUUUCAAGAUUACACAAUAGCCGGAAACCUCAUGCUCCAUCACCUCGACCUGGGACAGUGACACUGCAGAUAUAUCUCGGCCGGUGACAAUAUAAGGCUAUGUUUAAACAAUAACUUGAAUCGGAACUUGAUACUACAUUUUACACUGCACAGACUUUUGAGAUUGGAGGACGUCAAUGAUGUAUCAUAUAUCUAUUUGUAUUAUGUUCUUAUACUAUUAAUAUUAAGUAUGUUGGGUACUUAUACCUCUGACUUCUGUACUUGAAAGACUUCAUAGCCUGCUACACAAUCUUGGUAAUUUAUGAAUGUCAUAAUAGAGCUCAUCCAUGUGUCAUACGUGUAUUGAUUGGCCAGUACUUACAGAAACCAAAGUAUUACACUUUUUAUUACAUGAAGUACUACACACCUUUUAUUCAAUAAAAUCCACAGCAUGUGUAUUAGAAGAAAAGAUAGUUUAGUAAGAUGAAAGAUAUCAAGGCGUGAAGCUUAAUAAAAGUACUAUGCUUUUAAACAAAAUGAUACGCUAUUUUGGUAACCUAUGGCUAUUGUAUUUCAUAUAUUUAUGCUACUGUUCUAUUCUUAGUGCUGGCCAAUGGAAUUGUAGAUAGUUAUUUUUGUACAUAAUAUGUCCAUUUGCCGAUAUAUAUUUAUAUGUUGUGCCCCGACUCGUCACUCUAGUCAUAAUAAUGUAUAUGAGGGUUAACAAUUGGCAUGUAUUAAAGUUUCCUUACAAGUGUGAAUUGCUCAUCACACAUUUAGCUAUCAUAAGUGCUAAUGGAUUUCUCAGACGUUUAACGAAACCACAAUACACAGAACUGAAAUGCCUUGAAAAUAGAAUAUUCGAAAUUCUCGUUGAAUAACUCAUCUGGUGUCAACGUGCUGUGAUACAUUUCAUUCAAUUAGCCCCUGUCAUUUGUACAAAACAGCACCUGUUCUAAGGCGUGUGCGUCUUUUUUUAGUCAUUAUACACAUAUGUAUAAGUAUGGAAGAUGCUUCAAUAAAAUUCCAAUCUUUGUAAUUCUACCACAUAUAGAGAUAAUAGUCUCCAGUUUCUCUGUAGAACACUAACUCAGUUAUCCGCUCUUGUCGUUUUUGUUCAGUCAUUUCCACUCACGUGUAAACAUUGUUCACGUCACAAUGUGAGAAACCGUGCCUCUUCCAUGUUGUGUUUGUCACAUCCGAGAUAAACACUGUUGACGUCAUUUGUUAUUGUGCCUUAUCCUCUUGUUUCUGUAUAUGAAGAUUAUUUAUCAGAAAUAAAUGGACUGGGAACAUGUA